UAGAAUAAAAAGUCACUCCUUCCUCGGGCUCGUUCCAGAGUAUGCAUGCUUCCAUGUGUAGACCCGAUCCUCUACGCGCAGGAAACUUGAAUCUCAACGGGAUGGAACAACAACAACACCUCGCGAAGAAGAUGGUCAUAUAAAAGAUCGGGACCUGUCUCGGCCGCUCGGUUAUUGUUUAUCGGAACGACAAGUCGCGAGGUGGUCGAUGGUCGCCAAUUCUAAUCGAGAGGAACGGAUUAUUGAAAAAAAAGUUUCUCCCGGGAUUUGAACACUCACACGUUAAUACCAGUGAAAGACCUUGAACGUCUAAAAUUAGGGAACCCGGUUAAGGGAAGCUUCGAGACAUUAUUCGGGGGAAGUACGCGCUCCCGCUUUUCGAUUGAAUAAAAAAAGUGCCUGUCUGAACCGGUCCCGUGGGCCAGUGUUAACGAUAAGUCGUAAAAAAAACAAAUUCGCUGGCGCUCCGCUGGAAAGCCGAAAGUGAUUGAAUCUUAAUUCCAAGUGAAUCCCGCUCAUUCAUUCCCGGAUUGGUGCCGGUGCAGAAAAGAUUUGCGCGGCGUAAUGCAGAGAAUUUUAAUGAUUCUUGCGAUCACCGCCACCGUUUCAACGGUUUGGGCCGGUCGCGUUCAGCUGGUCAAUCUGGACCCGGAGAAAGCCCAAGAGUUUAUCACCCAGCAAAGUUUGGAUUUGCGGUACGCGAAAAAGCUGGGCGAGUAUCCGCUAGGGCAUUUUCGAAGCAUUGGCAAUCCCGUGGAGGCCAAGUUCUACCACAAUGGCCGUUUGAUUGACAGCCCCGAAGAUUAUGUGGAGGAAGCCUACGAGGCAUCCCAGUUCCAUGGACAGGACGGUCUCGGUCGAGCAAUGUUUGGAUACACCGAUUACAACCAGGCCCGUUUGGAAGCUCGCAACGCCAAUGGGGAAGUCCGUGGCUCAUACCAAUACAUGGACCCAUUCGGACAGGAAGUCGUCGUUCAGUACUGGUCUGACAGUUUGGGAUUCCAUCAGGUUGACAACCGACCGGAAGUUGUUCUGGAACCAGUCACAGAUACCCCUGAAGUUCGCGAAGCUCGUCUCGCUCACAUGAAGGCAUGGGAAGAAGCUGCCAACUUGGCCAGAUUGGGAAAUCCGAUUCCUGUUGCUAGCAAACCUGUUCAAAAUACCGUGGAUGAUGAGGAGGAUGAGAUCGUGGCAGCUUUGUCAAAUCAGCAUCAAAGUUUGGUCCGCUAUCCAAGUCUUCCGUAUACGACUCACAUCUCACCGAAUGCUGGCACCAUAGCCUCGGACGAUGCAAUCAUUGUAGAAGCUCAGCGAAACCUGGCCAAACGUCAAAAUGAGGAACCCUCCAUCGUUGAAGCCACCAAUGAUCAGGAAGAACCCCAAUACGAUCCCAAAGGAUUUUUCUACAGUUUCGAAUACCCCGUCUUUAACAUCGCUCUCACAGAAGCAGCCAAGGCCCGUGCUCAGAGCCAGAAGUUCAAACGGUCAAAUCCUGAAAGCGAAGUCAAAAAAGUUCCAGUUCCUGCUGUAAAAACUCCUGAAGUUAUGGCUGAAGACAAAAAACCUAAAAUCGCAGAGAUUGUUCCCUCGAAACCGGAAACAGCUGAGCCCAAGAAAGUCCCGGUGCCAGCAGUGAAAUCCCCAGAACAAACUCCGGAAUCUGAACAACCUGCUGAUCUGGAAGACACCCGAGUAUCGCUCAAAGCCAUCCAAACUGGCGAAACUCUCGUGGCAGCUGUUCAUGACACCCAAGUAUCUCCCAAACAAAAACUGACCGUUUGAAUCCUGAUUGAUGACUUACGAAACUAUCUUUCCGAUACUAUUUCCACAAAUGACUUGAUGUCACACAGUGGAAAUACUCAACGUCAAUAUACCGGUUGAUCUCCGAAGCCUGAAACAAAACAAGCAACGACGAAAAGAAUCAUGCAAAUACAAAUAAAUAAACGACAAAAAAAUACAAAGCAAACAAACCUGCAUAAGACUCCUAUAAAAUAAAACGAA